UAUUGGCUAGUUGGAUCUGGUUCAGUCGAGAGCAGGCUCUCCCGGGAUUCGAAAUCAAGGCAUGCAGAAAAAAGAAACGAGUUUUGACGCGAGAGAUACAGAGAUAAGCGAGUCCGUAGACGACAGUAGGCCCAGCGACGAUGACGAGGCCCAGCAGGGAUCCGAGGAGGCGACUGGCAACGACGAGGUCUGGGGCACCCGGGGCAGCCAGAGCGAAGGCCCCCACCCAGAGGCCUCCAACAGCGGUCUGGCCCAUGUCAACUUCCACCGAGACAUUGACCGCUGGAAGGACCUGUACGAAGCGUGCCAGGCCAAGCUGGAGUCCCUGCGCGACCUGCAGACUCAGAUCGAGGACGCCGAGGCCUCUGGCACGGGUGCGAGUGGCGCGAGCGGCGCGGCGAGCGAGGCGAGGCGGUGCUGGGACGAGCUCCGUGCCGAGGUGCGCGCCGCGACGCGCACGCUGGAGCAGGAGCACGCCUACGUGGAGAGCGCCCUGGAGAAGCACGGCGCCGUGCUCGUGAAGCGCCUGCAGUACGAGCUGUCGCGGCAGACGCAGGCGCAGGCCCUGGAGAUGGACGCCGUCGGCAAGCUGCGCGAGCAGGCCGACGCAGAGCACGCCGAGCUGCAGCUCACCCUGGCGCGCGAGCAGGAGCGCGCGCGCCAGCAGCUCCUGGAGCACCUCCAGCGCCGCAAGGAGCGCCGCGAGAGGCUGGAGGGCAGGCUGUACAGUGACAGGGUGUACCGCGAGGUGGACCAGCUAGACGACCAGGCCGACGAGCUGCGGCGCCUUGGGGACCACCUCACCACAGCACCUGGCAGUCGCUGCGCCAGGAGCGCGACGAACUCACGGCACAUUUGUAUCCGGACCUCCAGCGGCUCCAGGAACUGCAGGCAAACCCACACUGAAAUAGCCAAAGAAAAGCUGGAGCUGGAGACGAAGCUGCACAAGGAACGCUUCCUCUUCAAGCGGCAGUUGGAGGAAUUCCAGAAGGACCUGCUGGAUGUGGAGACGGACUUGCAGACGGGCAACACCAACAAGAAGGCGAGGGCCACCAAGAACAUAGUGACCCAACUGCUGGUGCUGCGGGAGUGCAUCACCAAGCAGAACGGCGAGCUGUGGAACGAGCUCAAGGACAAGCACCUGACCAUCAGCAACACCGACUCGGUCGCCUCGGCUGCCAUGGGCGAGGAGGAGUUCCGGCAGCAUAUCACGGACAAGAUGAAGAAGAUGGAGCUCCGGAUCAAGGAGGACCUCGACAAGCGGGUGCUGUGGAAGCCCAAGAAGUUCGAGUUCGAGGCGCCCGCCCCCGCCGCGUCCAAGGUGCCCUUCCGCGGUCAGCAGAACGUCAUCAAGGUGCCGUCCAAGGUCGACUGGCGGAAGAGAACCACCCAGCAAGAAGCCCUGGACCGGCAGGUGGAAACCCUCCGCAGGGACAUCUUGAACAAAGUGGCCCAGGAGAAGGAGAAGGCCAAGCAGCAGCUGCUGCAGUACGAGGCGGACCGGGUGGCCGCGGGCACAGCCUCGCCCACGGCCUCGCCCACGGCCUCCCCGGAGGGCGUCAAGGCCUCGCAGGAACUGCGCCCCAUCCUAGAGCAGCUGGGCGCCUUUCUGCAGCGGGCCACCAAGGGCAAGGACAUGGAAACGAGUUCGUACACCCUGGAGACCCUGGAGGAGGCCGCCCCGGACCCGGAAUCGGAGGAAUACGACUUCGGGCGGGAGAUGCGGAGGCUGGUGAUGCAGCUCGAGAGGCUCCAAACUGCUCUCGAGGGAAGCAAAGAGAGGGAACGAGAGCGGAAGGCCACCGCUCUGGAGCGCGGACGGGAGCUCUUCGACCAGCUGCCCGACGCCAACGACGCCGACUCCAAGGACCCGGCUCGGUGAGCCAGCGAGGAAAGAAGAAGAAAAAAACACACAAAAAAAACUCGAGUCUUAGUUUCUUAGGAU